AUGGAUUUCGAUGUCUCCUAUAGCCUUGAGAAUGAGCAGCAAUUUUGGGAUGAGCUCGAUGAAAUUGUCGGCGCUCAUUGUGAAACUCAGAGCUUUGUUGACAACGCGCUGAAGACUUAUUUGAUGUUCACGUCUUCGUUUACAGACGAAUACCUCAACACGGAAUACGACUGGGCGAAGUGCGCAUUCAAAUUGCUUGAAUCUUCCUUAUUUUUGAAAAAUAAGCACCAUGUUCGUCGGCGGAUGAUAGGGCGAUUGCGUAAAGAAACCUCAAACACAAAACUACGAUUGAUUACGAACGUUUUGUUAUAUGAUGGACGACAACAUCAGAAGACUUUCGAACUCAUGCAGGAAGAGGGACUUUUUUCGAGAUUAAUGGAAAUGGUAGCGCAGAAAAGGGAAGAGGAUCGAAUAUUGUGGAGUUCUGUACUAGACCUUCUCUAUGAAAUGUCAAGGAUACAACGUUUGAGGCGUGAGGAUUUGGACUCGAUUGGUGAUGGGUUUAUUAGCUAUCUUUUCCAGCUGGUAGAGGAAGACCCUGAUGACCCUAAUGAUCCAUAUCAUUAUCCAGUAAUUAGGAUGCUGCUAGUUUUGAACGAGCAGUAUAUGGUUUCAGCCCACGCCCCGCCAAGGGAUGGUGCACCUGAGGACAGCAAUGCGCCAACUAACAAAGUCAUCAAAAUUCUUUGCUUCUAUGGAUCCACUUACAAGACUUUUGGCGAGAACAUAAUUCUAUGCCUUAAUAGAGAAAGUGAAACAUGUUUACAACUUUUAAUACUCAAGCUCCUGUAUCUACUUUUCACAACCAGUGCAACAUACGAGUACUUCUACACUAACGACCUGCGGGUUCUGGUCGAUGUAAUGAUUCGCAAUCUGUUAGACCUCCCUGAAGAGUCCGAAUCCCUCCGUCACACCUAUCUCCGUGUUCUUUACCCUCUUCUUGAACACACCCAACUUCGCCAUAUCCACUAUAAACGCGAUGAAAUCCUCAAUCUUCUCGAAUGUCUUAGUGGUGUUCGGAGCAAUCAUUUCCAGCCUGUCGAUCAAACCACAGCACGACUUGUGUCACGUUGCGCAAAUGUUGAAUGGAUCAAAGCACCACCAGGGGAAACUAUACAUCCAGAGAACCCAGCUCAUAGAUUAUUAGGGAUGUCUUUGGGCCGUCAAGCGCAAAGCUCUAUGUCAGUGCUAGAGGUUGCAUCACAGUCGGAAAAGCCAGGAGUUUACACCCCAUCGAGGAAUAGAGGGAUAGGUGGCGACUCAAGUGGGGUGGAGAUUGCAGGGGAGGCUUAA